AAUGAGGGAAAUUUUAGUAAUAUAAUUGGGAGGUUUUGGGAACAAAGUAGGAGUAAAGUUUUGGGAGGAAAUGCUAAAAGAUAGUGAUUUCGGUAACCAGAAUGGAUAAGAUCCUUAAAGUGAAAAUCCUUUACUUAAUUCAAACAAUAUUGUGUAUUAUAACUUGCAUUAGAGCAAACCAGUUCCUAGAUGUAUUUAGAUUGAUUUGGGACAGGAUUUACCUUGCACUAAUUUGGACUUUAAUCCAUCUUCUCAGUUCUCAUUCAACUACUCAUCUGGCAAUAAUUAUGGAUUUGUAAGGAAUCAUUGUUCGAAUGAAAUAAUGGGCAUAAUUGAUGAUAGUAUCCGAUAAGAAACUGAACGAUGUGACUCACUUUAAGGAGUCCAAUAUUUUUCUUCCAUAAUUGGUGGUACUGGAUCUGGUUUAACAGCAGCUUUGAGCAGUCGAGGAGACCAUGAUUUAACACAAUAAUUUAACUUAUUAAUUCCUUCUAUUAAAUAAGACGAUAUAUGUGUUGUUUCUCCUUAUAACUCUAUAUUAGCCUUAGAAGAGACGAUGUCCUUUGAAGCAUAAUUAAUAUGUUUUGAUAACUAAGGGCUUAAGCAAAAUUUGACUAGAUUGGGAAUCGAAUUUAAUUAUGAUGAUGCCAAUCAUCAUGUUGCUUAAACAAUAUGUUGUAAUUCUUCACCGUUUCGAACGUAUGGGGAUAUUAAUUCUAGUUUGAGAAAACUAAGCACAAAUUUGAUUCCCUUCCCUCGAUAAAAUUUUCUAACUUGCAGUUAGUCCAAUAAUCAAUUCAGUGAUUACUUUAAUCAAUAUUUGAAGAUGGACGAAAACCAACUUUUUAAAGAAUUAAUGUCCUCAAAUCACAAUCAAGCUAGCAAUAAUUACACUGAAGGUCGAUUUAUUACUGCUGCACUUAGUUUUAGAGGAAAUAUAUCAAAUAAAGAGGUUGACAAAUCAUGCUCCCUAUUUUAAAAUUAUCUAAAUAAACAACAUUAUAGACGAUAAGAGGCAAAAAAAAUAAAGUACAUUGAUAUGUUUUUAACUAAUAUUUGCAAGAAAUAAUUUUAAAAUUAUGAAUAUUUUGGAAGUUCAAUUAUUAAUUCAACUAGCAUUACUCAAUCUCUAGAGAGCCUAAUUGAAAAAUUUAAUAAAAUGUACGUUCGAAAAAGUUAUCUAUAUAAAUAUAUAUAAGAAGGAAUCGAGGAGUAGGAAUUCACUCACGCUAAAUCUAACCUUGAAGAUGUCUGUAGUUCUUAUCAUGAAACAUACUGCUAAGAUUAAAGAGAAGAUCAUGAGAAUUGGGAAUGAAAAAAUAC